AUGCAAGCUGGAAAGCCUGUCCUCUACUCCUAUUUCCGAAGCUCCUGCUCCUGGAGAGUUCGAAUUGCUCUGACCUUGAAAGGCAUUGACUAUGAGACGGUGCCCAUCAACCUUGUGAAGGAUGGGGGACAGCAGUUCUCUGACGAAUUCCAGGCACUGAAUCCCAUGAAGCAGGUGCCAGCGCUGAAGAUUGAUGGGGUCACUAUCGGCCAGUCACUGGCCAUCAUUGAGUACCUGGAGGAGACUCGGCCCACUCCACGCCUCCUGCCUCAGGACCCCAAGAAGAGGGCCAUUGUGCGCAUGAUUUCAGACCUCAUCGCUGGUGGCAUCCAGCCCCUGCAGAACCUGUCUGUCCUAAAACAAGUGGGCCAAGAGAAGCAGCUGACCUGGGCCCAGAACGCCAUCAAUUCCGGCUUUAACGCUCUGGAGAAGAUCCUGCAGAACACAGCCGGGAAGUACUGUGUAGGAGAUGAGAUUUCCAUGGCUGAUCUGUGUCUGGUGCCUCAAGUGGCAAAUGCUGAAAGGUUCAAGGUGGACCUCACUCCCUACGUCACCAUCAAUCGCAUCAAUAAGACCCUGCUGGCCUUGGAGGCUUUCCAAGUGACACACCCCUGCCGGCAGCCAGAUACGCCCCCUGAGCUGCGGGCUUAG